UCCUAUUUUAAUUGGUUCAUCUUUAGUAUUGAAACAAAGCAAUCAUGGGUGUCAUCACUUUCACUGAAGAGUUCACCAGCCCUGUCCCAGCUGGAAGAUUGUUCAAAGCCUUUGUUCUUGAUUUCGACAACCUCUUACCGAAGCUUAUGCCUCAAGCUUUCAAGAGUAUCGAAACAAUCAAAGGCGAUGGGGGCCCUGGAACCAUCAAGAAGCUGAACUUCACUGAAGGUGAUGGAGCUAAGUACUUGAAGCACAGGAUUGAUGCAUUGGACAAAGAGAAGAUGAUAUACAACUAUACAUUAAUUGAGGGCGAUGGAAUGGACAAGGUUGAAUCAGUUUCUUAUGAGAUUAAGUAUGAGGCCUCCCCUGAUGGAGGGUGCAAAGGCACCAGUGUUAACAAGUACUACCCAAAACCAGGCGUCAAACUCGACGAAGAGAAAAUUAAGGAAGCCAGGGCAAAGGCCAUGGGCAUUUACAAAGCUGUGGAAGCCUAUCUCUUGACAAAUCCUGAUGUCUAUGCCUAAGUGCUUGCAGCUCACAAGAGUGGCUGCACUGUUACCUUAUUAAAUCUAAAUCAGGCAAUUUGGGUUAAUGAAUAAAAGUCUUGUUUCCUUUUCAUCUUAUUAA